UGCUAACGCUUCUUCUGCCUUGAGACGCUCACUAGCAUCGACGGCAUCUCGGGAUAAAGGACGUUCAUUGGGUUUUUUUAGCAACAAAACAUAAUUAAAAUCCUACAAAUUGACUCCCAGGAACUUCUGAGAUAUUAUAACGUUAUAUUCGUUAAGUCGUUAUUUCUGCGUGGAUAAGAAAGUGUUUUAUCCGAAGCUUAGUUCGCUAACUGUUAGCUUGUGACGUUGUUAGCUAAACUAACUUAGCCGCGGAGGAAUUUCACAGCCUGUUUAUGUUUGUGCCAGUUCAAAGACAUGUUGGACGGAUCUCCGGCUCACAGCGAUGAGGCUAACAUCGGCAACGUCGAAAACAACAACCCGAUAUCGUUGAGCAACGAUGGGGUGAACACAGGUAACAGGACGAGGCAGGCUCUGCUGAAGAAAGGAGGGAAGAAGCUGCGGUCGACGGCGCCGCUGCAUCACCAGAAGCCUCCGAAAAAAAGCCCCAACAUCCGGCUGUCAGACCACAACAACAACAACAACAACACUCUAGUCGCUCUAUCUGCUAACAAACCUGCAGCUCAGCCCGGUACCGAGCUGCCACCCGGUACACAGGCCGUGCUGACCCUCCACCACCUCAAACAGGGAGCCAAGAAAGAGGCAGUGAGAUUAAAGGGGAAGUCUGUACGAGUCGAGCUGCUGAAAUCUAAAGGCGGCAGAUUGGAGCAAGGAGUCGUGCAGCCAGGCGGUCAACCUAUCCGCAUCCUGCCCCGGCACGAUCAAAUCGCCCAGAACAUGAUCACACGGAGCCACAAGCCCAAGCAGGACCAAAGCCCUGGAGCUCCUCACUCCGCGAAGAAGAAAGAUGGCUGCAGCCCGACUAAGCCUCUUUCUCUCCACCAGCCUCCACUCCGAGAGCAGAAAAAAGCAAAACCCCUCCACGCCUCUGACAACGUGAAGCUGGUGAGCACGCCGCCUGCUGAAGCUGCGCCUGAAUACCUCAAAGAUGGAGAGAAGGUCUACGCCGGCGCUAAGUUCAGCGAGCCGCCGUCACCGAGUGUCUUACCUAAACCUCCCAGCCACUGGGUCGGAGACAACGAGCCUCAACACGGCAGCCAAAGCCGAGAGCAAAUGACUUUUCAUCUGAAGUCGCUGCUGAAGGUUCAAGAUAAAUCAUGACCGCAUCUCACGUGUGAGUUACACUGAAUGCCAAUAAUUGGAAAACCGGCGUUUAGGUAGAUUGAGUUUGGCCUUUAACACUCUGCAAUAAGACGCAGGGAGUUUUUAUUCACUGUAGUACAAUUUCCCAUAAUUCAACAGGCUGCCUGCAUUUGUGAACAUUUUAGAGACGUGAUGUUGUUGCUGGAGGUCUGACUGACAUGCCGUGUGCAGCAGGUGUGUUUAAAGUCUUUCCUUGUUGGCAGAGGAAAGAGGAAAUAAUAUGUUUUUGUAAUGUAGGAGAGUGUGUAGCAGGAUGAGGUCGUCUCCAGCAGCAACACGAUCAUUAUCUCAUGUUUACAUCGUGCGAAGUGAUGACGGCACUUUCUUUUGUGAACACUUUGGAAAAGGCAGCCUUUUGUGUUGCUUUUUUUUUUUAAGAACUUGUGUAAAUGUACAUAAUAUAUUGUAAACAUAUAUUUGUGUAUAUUUUUCCUUGUUAUUUUAACUGAGAUUCUAGUUUUGUUACUGAGGUUUUCCAAAAAAAAUAUGAAAAAAGAAGAAAAAAAUGUCCCCUGUGAACUGAGGCAUUUGUUUCAGCUCCUUCAGUUCGAGGCUCAGUGGACGUAAGAAAGACUUUUCUAACUGAUUUGCACUGAACAUUGGGAAGGACAGGAGCGUUCUGAUGUUCCCGAGCUUGACCAGCCACUUUGAUGAAUUCACCAGCCAGCUUUGAGCACAGAGGAGGACUUGCAGAUCCUGGCGGGGCAACGUUCACAGUGGCUCAGAUAGCGGAAAACUCAAAAAGCCAGAAUUUACAAUCUGGUUCCUGAAGUUCUUUCCCUUUUUUACACAAACACGGGUCCAGCCGGUGCAAAGCCAAGAGAUCAGGGGACUGUGAGGCUGCUGAGGAGAAGACGACAAUGUGAAAAGUGUCACAACCUGCUGCUGCAGAAAGCCAGUAUCCAGCGUCCAGACCGAGUGCUUCUCUUUUCUUUCCCUUCAUUGCACUGACUCAGAGUGCGUUCACAUUAAGCCUCAAUGUAAAACAACUCUGUGUCCACAGUCUGUCCACACUGAGACGGUGUCUUUCACACCCAAAAAACUAAGCUGCUAUCCCGAGUGGGUACUUCUUAAAGCGUGGGCUUGGUGUGGGUAUCGGGAAAAGGGAAGUUGACGUUUGAAAUAAGGCGUCCCAGUCACGAGUGAGGAGUGCGCGGCAGGAAGAAGCUUUCUCUGCGCUCGUUUUUAAUUGUCAAAAUAGGACGAACACCAUCGAAGCUUAUCGUGAUUAAAAUAAGUCCUAUCGCCAAAAGCUAAACAUUUGCUGCUUCCAGCUUCAGAAAUAUGAGGAUGUGCUGCUUUUUACAUAUUAAUGUGUUUUGGAUUUUGGAGUAUUUGUCAAAACCAGACAUUUCAAUAAGUGGAUUUAAGGAUCUAUCGUAAGACGAAACACUUCCCUGACAUUUUAUAUAAUAAUGUGUUUAUCAACAAUGGAAAUAAUAAUUAGUUGUAGCCUAGAAUGACUUGAUCAGCGCUGGUGAACGUUAUUCUAUAUACUCGUUCCAUUAUCUGGCAGAAGAGACGGAUAAUAAGUGAAAACCACUAAACGGUGAAUUCUGCUCUAUUAAAAGACGAUAUACGAGUUCACAGAGCGGGAGAAAACACGUUGGUCCCGCUCUUUCUAAGCGUUAGAUGGACGAAGACGAAGAAGAGAUUUAAGCCGUUUCCAUAUUCAGGUGUUUCAGUGUGGACGCACAUUGUUUUUAAGCUGCAUUUUAAAGACUGUUUGGCUUCAUGUGGACGUAGUCUGUAUAUUAUGUCUUUUUAAAGGGGACUUGUUUUCACGCACUUCAUUUCACAAACCUCCUCUUUGCCUUUUCAUUUCUUUAAGAUACUUUAAAGCAGGUUGAUGUUUACCAAGAGAGCAGGACGUGUUGAUGAUCCUGUGAUAAUCUACCACGUGUUUUCUGUUUUUGUUAUGCUUUCUAUGGAUGCAGGCAGCUGCUGGAUCUUGUUUCUUGACCUCUGUGACGUCACGUAAAUGGAAAAUUGUAUUACUGUGGCAAAAACUGCCCAUUUUAUUACAGUGUUUUAAAUUGAUUUCAUUCCAGUUAAUGAGUGUAUGCUUAACAUCACACCUCCAUGCCACAAUUUGAGAAAAAAAAGUUUAUUUUAUGAAGAAUGUCUUUCAUAUUUAAAUUAGAAAUUAUAUUAAAAUAUUGGUUACCCCUA